AUGACAUUUCCCACAGGACUUGGACACAACUUCAACAAAUACAACGAUGACUUCAUCACGGAUCAGAACACGGCGUACGACUACGAGUCCAUCAUGCACUACAGACCUUUUUCCUUCAAUAAGAACGAAUCCAUCCCCACCAUCACCACCAAAAUCCCAGAGUUCUUCUACAUCAUUGGCCAAUACCUGGACUUCAGCAAGAUGGACACCCUCAGGCUCAACCGGAUGUACAACUGCUCUGGUACUCUCACCCUGCUGGACCAGUGUUCCUUUGAGUAUGCCAGCAUCUGUGGAAUGAUCCAGGCCUCAAACGAUGAUGCUUACUGGGUCCAUACCAAGAGCAGUGUGAGUGAAGAAGAUCACACACUCCUGGGGAGAUGCAGAGAUGCUGGGUACUUCAUGCACUUCAGCACCAGGACUGGGAAGCCUGCAGAGUCGGCUCUACUGGAGUCCCGCACCCUCUACCCCAAGAGGAAGCUCCAGUGUCUGCAGUUCUUCUACAAGAUGACCGGGAGCUCCAAGGACAGGCUGGUGAUCUGGGUCAAGAGGGAUGAUGGCACAGGGGUUGUUCGUAAAAUGGAGAAAAUACACACCUUUAAUGCUGAUUCUGACCACACAUGGAAGAUCGCUCAUAUCCCAAUGGAGGUGGGGGUCAAAUUCCGCUAUGCUUUCCAAGCUGUGCGCGGUGAGCCCUCUGCCUCUGCCGGGGGCAUCUACAUAGACGACAUCAGCCUGACAGAGACACGCUGUCCCAACGCCGUGUGGACCAUCCGGAACUUCUCCAAGAUCAUGGAGACGGCCACCACUAACACGUCGAUUGACAGCCCUCGUUUCUACAGCCCUGAGGGUUAUGGUUAUGGCGUCCGUGUGUUUCCUUUGUCCUCCUACACAGAUUACACAGGGGGCUACACUGGGCUGUACUUCUACCUGGUCAGCGGGGGCAAUGAUGUGGUGAUGCAGUGGCCGGUGGUCAACAGACAGGCCACCUUGGUGGUGAUGGACCAAGACCCUGACAUUAAGCUACGGAUGUCCACUGCACGCAGCCUCACUACGGACAUGAGGAAGACAUCAGAUGGGAAGAUGUUUUGGGACAAUCCCUCCAAGGUGGGAACGUAUGACCCCUCCUGCGAGUGCUACAAAAGUCAGACAUGGGGCUGGAGGAACUUUGUCAAGCACUUUGACCUCAAGAGGCGCAAUUACCUCAAGAACGAUGACCUCAUCAUCUUCAUCGACUUUGAGGAUAUAACAUCACUCAUCAAAUCUGAAGUUCCCAUUAAACCAGCGGAGGAGGGUCACACGGGAUGAACUGGAGUAUUAUGCAACAUAUGCAGGAGGGAUGGAAAGAACAACAUGACGAUGGACAAAGGAUGGAAGAUACUGCCAUGACACAAUCAUCAUCAUCAUCAUCAUCAUCAUCAUCAU